UGAAUAGUUUUAAGCAGCAGUCGUCGACGGACCAGCACUCAAACAAGAGAAACCAUGUCAUCACUGCCGUCGAUCUCACAAGCCUUAGCCGAACUCAACGUCGGUGGUCGUGAGUUUACGACAACGCUGUCAACUUUAAGGAAGCACAGCGGUUCUGUGAUUGCUGAGAUGUUUGCCGACCCCACGAUACUUGUAAAGGACAAUCGUGGGAAAUACUUCAUCGAUCGUGACGGUGACUUGUUUCGGUAUAUCUUGGAUUAUUUGCGUGACGGUAGAAUUAUCCUACCUAGUAACUAUGAAAAUGUUAACAGGUUGAUAGCGGAAGCUGAAUAUUUUCGACUGCCCCAGUUAGUAGCUUUAUUAUCAGAGGAUGCAGACCGUAUGGUCAUUAGGCCUUCGCCCUCUGCGGUUUUGCCCAUGUCCAAGGAAGCCGACAAUCUGAAGCCAGGAUGCUUGACGAUCGGUUACAGAGGUACAUUUGCAUUUGGUAGGGAUGGUUUGGUUGAUGUUAAAUUUCGCAAAAUACUACGAAUUCUCGUUUGUGGACGGGUUUCUAUUGCGAGGGACGUGUUUGGGGAAUCUCUGAAUGAGAGUCGUGAUCCCGACCGUGGGCUGAGCUCUCGAUACACUAGUCGUUUUUAUCUAAAACAUGUCUUCUUGGAACAUGCGUUUGAUAUGCUUUUAAGUAAAGGCUUCAGGUUGAUCUCUAGUGCAGGCAGUGGGGCUGCGGGAACAAUUAAUGGACCGGCCGAGAGUGAGGAGAGUAAAUGGUACCAUUACAAUGAAUUCGUUUUCUGCAGACCUUGAAAAAAAAAAUCAGAAUGAUUAGCAAAUAAGGAGUGUACAUUGUGGCUUUCCGUUGUGUUGAACGCGGAUAUCCUGAUCUAGAACUCGACGCGAUUUCUUCCGUUCCAGCAGAGGCCUAAUACUUUUCGAGAGCAGCCCACCAAUAGGUAGCCGAAAUACAAACACUACCAUUUUCCCAGCAAAAUUACCAAGCGAAAAAACUAUGCUGUACAUAAACCCGUAAUGGAUAUUAAUAUUUCUGUGUAGUAAAACCAGGGAACAGUUGUUCCCUGGUAAAACAGUACGGAAUUACAUAAAUAGGCCUAUACUGACAAAAUUCUAACGUCAUUCAUAAGGAUUUAAUAAAAUUAGGAAAUAUAUCUGUUAUUCACUGUAACGUGAUACGUUACCAUUAUUUUCUUGCUGUCGUGCGUCACACUUGGAUUAAGUACCGAUAGUUGUUUAAAAUCAAUAACGAUACGAUAAGUAGUGGCGGCCAUGUUGAUUAUGUAUCUUGUAAUUUGCUAGGAAUACAUCAUUAUGCAUUCGAUUGAUCACAGCCAGGAACUGAAUUCUUCAUCACAAGCAUAUACCACCGACGGUGAUAAUUCUGAGAAGGUAUACUCAUUCAUUAAGGAUAAAUAAUAACUCUCUGAAGAUCGCUAAAUGGUUUAAGAAGGUAGAUUAAUAAUUCCGUACACACAACCUAAUAAUCGUUUAUGAUUUAUUGAAAUAUUCAAUAAGACAUUGUUUGAUAUGUUAACCUAAAUUAGUUUUCCAGGAAAGCAGCUAAUAGUAUACUAAUAAAAUAAUAAUAAUAAUAAUAAUAAUAAUAAUAAUAAUAAUAAUAAUAAUAAUAAUAAUAAUAUCGAUAACAAUAAUAGUAAUAACAAUUAUUACUAUUAUCAUUAUUAUUUUAUUUCAAUAUUAAUCCCACAUUCAUUAGAAAAAUAGAUAGAUUUUUGUGAGGUUGAAUUAUAGCUGAAUAUUCCAAGCUACAAAUCUCAAAUUUAUAAAUCUUAGAAUAAUUUUAGCUAUUGAUCGAAAUGUGCUUAUAUAAAUUUGUUUAAAAUUACUAUCUAUAAUUCGAAGUUUAUUUAAAAAUAAUUAUAAUAAUUAUACAUUUUUAUAUAAUUUUAGUUCUCAAAUUGAAUUUGAAAUCCACAACAAACAAGACAAUUAUAUUUUAGGCCUACUAUUACGUGCUGUGUAUGUUUACAUAAUAUGUUUAAACGACCAUGGCAUAUUAAUUGCAUAGCAAAUAAUUUUUAUAUUUACCAAUUGUACAUGAUGAGGGUACUUUGCGUCAAAAUACAACAAUGACUGUCAUUCAAAAACGUGUAUGGAUGUAGUAUUAGUCAUAGUUCCUAGAUAUGCAUUCCGGUGUUUGAUACAUACUUAAAUAAAUAGUAAAUAUAAUUAAAUUAA